CUCAUCGAAUGUCGAGGCGGAAGAGGUGUGCUCUUGCAGGGAAGCAAGGAUUUAGGGAAAUGGCCAGAGGUGAAACUGGAAAGUGUAUCCAACUUUUCGGUAAGAUUCUAAAUUAGAAAAGGAAGCGAGUUUCUUGUAGUACAAUGCCCAGGAAUUACGGAAUUUUAUGCAGCGUCUCAUCGCCUGAAUUUUAUUAAAUCUGCUGUUCGAAACACGGAAACGCGUUAUGCAUGCUAUUGCGUUACUAUUGUUUUGAGUGUGCAUUGUUAGGGUUCGUUCAGUGAGUGUGCGUUGAGAAAGGUCGGUUUAAUGUGAGACAAUACGAUACAUUUUACAAUAAAUUCCGAACAAUUUUGUUUAGGAUAACCCAGCCUAGCAGUUUAGCUAUACUAGACUGUGUUGUCGACAACUUACUUGUGUUCAGCAGUGUGACAAGCUGUGCUAGUAUGGGAAACAGCAGCAGUGAAAGGGCCAGUGUGGGUCAGGGUGACAGGCCAUAUCCGCGAGAUGGACAAGGUGCCAAGGAUGCAGCGCACCCGAAGAUUCUGAUGGACAGCAUUGAGGAUGGUGACAUUUUUCACAGAGAGGAUGCAAAGGCUCCACAAGAGAUCCAAGAGUUUCUGGCUUGGCAACGAGACCUGGAGAGUGACAGUAAGAACACUGCUCAGGCCAGGCCCACAGUUUUCCGCUGGACUGGGGCUGGCAAGGAGAUCUUUGUGUCGGGGUCGUUCAACAACUGGGCCACCAAGAUCCCGCUGAACAAAAGUCAGAACAACUUUGUAGCCAUUAUGGACCUUCCAGAGGGAGAGCACCAGUAUAAGUUUUGUGUCGACGGUCAGUGGACUUUAGAUCCAACAGGGGCUGUGAUCACAACCAAGACUGGCACUGUUAAUAAUGUCAUCCAAGUGAAGAGGACUGACUUUGAGGUCUUCGAUGCCCUCAUGAUAGAUUCAAAAGCGUGUGCAGACAUGUCAGACCUUUCUAGUUCCCCUCCAGGCCCCUACCAUCAAGAUUCGUACGUCACCAAGACUGAGGACAAACUCAAGAGCCCCCCCAUCCUGCCCCCUCACCUGCUGCAGGUGCUCCUCAACAAGGACACUGGUGUGUCGUGUGACCCGGCCCUGCUGCCAGAACCAAACCAUGUGAUGCUCAACCACCUGUAUGCCCUCUCCAUUAAGGAUGGGGUAAUGGUCCUUAGUGCAACCCAUCGCUACAAAAAGAAAUAUGUCACCACCCUACUGUACAAGCCAAUAUAGUACCAAUAACUACAACAGCCUCAUACCUAGUAAUGUGUUCAGUUUUACAUGUGUGUAAUUAUGCUACUCUUGUAUGAUUUUGCUUUUUAUACCAAUGAUUAAACUUUUCCUUGUAUGAACAAUCUGAA